UUCAUUCAACGUGGGAGUGACCGCAAACCCGACGUCCAUCAAACCCGACAUCCAUCAACAUGUCGAUGGACGAUGCAGUGGCGCUGUUUCAAAGAUUUGACCUGAAUGGCAAUGGAACUUUGGGUUUUGAUGAACUGCGAGAGUUGCUUCUUAUUAUCGGUGUCCCAGCAACGGAUGUCCCGCGAUUAUUUGGAGUCAUUGACACCAAUUCCGAUGGAAACGUUGACUUUGAAGAGUUCAUCAGGUGGAUGUAUGCCCAGCCGGUCGAUGCCAAGGAAAAAAUGUUGGGGAGCACAGCUGUUGCUAAGCAGCUCUUGAGGGAAAUUGCGGACAAAUUGGUUUCUGACCGCAUACAGCCAGAAGCUCUUUUUGCGAGUGCAAACGUGAGAUCUGAUGGUUUACUCUCACGGGAUGAGUUGUCUCGCAUUCUCUUGGCAUAUUUGCCUGGGCUAUCCUCUACUGUGCUAUCAGAAGCAUUUCACCUGUGCGAUUGGGACCACAGUGGCUGGAUCAACGUCGAAGAGUUUGUGUCCGCCUUGCGAAGAGAGGCCAGUGGAGCACAGGAACCGCAGCCUUCAACUGUAGAUGUGUCGGUCACAGUGCCGGCGGGUUGGCGCUGCGGGAUGCAAUUGCCAGUCACCUAUGCAGGACACUUGUACCAUGUUGAUGUGCCAGGCGGACAUACCAUUGGAACCACUUUUGUGACAACAUUGAGUUUGCCGGGUUAGAGACAAUCUGUCAUCUGUCAGCACAACUUCAGGAAACCAAAAAUGUAU